AUCUGAAGAUGCCAUUUAGCCAGGCAGCCAAGAUAGUGGCCCUCCGUCCUGCCCUGGAGGCCCUGAAUAUCAGAGCUACCACAGAUCCUGAGGGCACUGCACAACCCAUGCCACUGGAUGAGCAACUGAUGCAGGUGUUCAGGGCGCUGUCCAGGCCAAAUGCUGGCAGCUUUGGAGUGGAGAAUAAUUACUCUGGGAAAGAAACGGCAGCAGGUGGCCCAGGAUUUGGCCCACCACCUCCAAAAAGGUUCCACUCGGGUCCUGGAGGGGGACCUAGAUUUGGAGGAGGACCAAGAUUUGGAGGUGGAUUUGGUGGCCGAGGGGGAGGAUUUGGAAGAGGUGGAUUCCGAGGAGGAAGAGGCGGGUUUGGUGGAGGAAGAGGUGGAUUUGGAGGUGGAUUUCCCAGAGGAAGGGGUGGAUUUAGGGGUGGAUUCAACAGAGGAGGAUUUUAAUAUUUUGAACAGGGGUGUGAAAUAAUAUGUGAAAACUUUAAUGUGAGAGAAACUGCCUGCUAAUGGAUAUUUCAGUGGAUAUUUCAAAUGUGUAUUAUGAAAACGUUUUUCAUAGUUUUAAACAAUUCAUAGGCAAAAUUGUUCUUACACCUCAUUUGAUCGGAGUAAAAAUACAAUAAAAUAAGUCUGAGAAAGACUUGGUGACACCUAAUUUCUCUCCAGAACUGAUAUAGCACCACCCUGUAUAUAUCUGCACAAUGCUUUAUUCCUCAUUCUUCAUAAACCUCACCUCUUUUGUCUGUCAUGAGUUUUCAUAUGUUUAGAUGUCUGCAGUAUGUAACACAGGGAGCAAGUGUACAGUGUACAUGUGCAAAUGUACAGAAAACAUUUAUAUAAGUGUUACACCAUACAGUCAUGUCACCCAAAGGCUAGGGUGUCCAUCCUCCCUGAAAAAUGCAAUACUUUAUGUUGCAAAAUGAUUGUAAUUUGCAGAAUAUAUUACAUUUACUUGAUGUUUGCAAUAUGGAACAAUUUUACAGAUACAACAUUUUAAAGUCAUAGCUAGAUAAUUGAAAUUACAUUAUUCCUAUG